AAUCAAAAUUUUGCGACUGUGAAAAUCUGAAAUUUGUCUGAAAUUCGUUAUAUUUUUAGGAAAAUAACCGACAAAAAUGAAUUAGGACAUUUAAUGAACUACAUUUUAAUGUGGUUAUUUAAUGAGCUGAAAUAGGCUGAAUUAUUUAAAAUUAACUAUGGAUUUCUUGUCGGAGAUAAUAGGAGAAACAGUGAUAUUGGGAAUUGACUCCCUCAUCCUUGGUUUCUGUGUGAAACAACUUAGUAAAUGUAAACAUAUUUUGAAUGCUUUACAGACAGCUCCGGUGUUAGAUAUAGACAAGAGUUUAAAUAAAGAAAUAAAUAAAUAUCCUAACGGUACUAUACCGUAUGUAGUGAUAAGAGGUCUCGUGAAGCCUUUGGGGAACCCUAUUACCAGCAACUACAACAAUACUGUCACAGGAGUUAUUCAAAGAUUGACAAUAAAAGAACAUGUUAUAGCAAGGACUUCAGCUGGAUUCUGGUCAGAUCAGACACGCACAAUACAUGAAGUAUGUAAUGCCACACCUUUUGUGCUCAAUAACGGCAAGUUUAACAUUGAGGUUGUUGAUGCUCUUGCUGCAGAAUUACUGGAUAUGGAUGUGAUAUCUGACAAGUUUGAACCAAUGUCUCCUGGUGUUAUUGACCAUGUUUGGGGAUUCUUUUCUGGUGUUCGUCAACGUGGCUUACAAACUAUGGAAGAAAUGCUUAGAGACGGGUCCUACAUUACAGCUAUAGGAGAAUUGAGUAGAAACAAUACAGGUGCUUUAAAAAUACAGCCUCCAAAAGAUGGCUUGCCAUUAUAUUUAACUACAGCAACAAAGUCCAGUUUACUAAAAAGAUUAGCUAGUUCCAGGGAUUUCUUAAGAGUGCUCCUAGUUGUUUUCGGAUCAGUGGCUGCAGUGGCGGCAUGUCGAAUAGCAUACAAGUACAUGAAGCGGCGCCGUCGGCGUGUCUUGGAAGAUAAUGUUAAGAAACAGCUUGCGAUUGGCAGGAAAGAAAGGCGCGCUCAUGCUCGAGAACAUAACCUUUCAGAGAUGCAGUUGUGUGUAGUAUGCACAGAGAAUCCAAAGGAGAUAAUAUUGCUGCCAUGUGGUCAUGUGUGUUUAUGUGAAGAUUGCUCAGACAACAUAACUGACAACUGUCCUAUCUGCCGUGAAAGAAUACAGUCUAGAGCUCCUGCUUUUAUUACAUGAAGAAGCUUACUAAAAGAUAAUGAUUUUAGACAUGCUUAGAUUGGGGCCACUGAUAGUUUAUUUAAUGUACAAAAAUGAGAGUUUUAUUAAACUACAAUUCUUUCAAACUGGUCUGAAUAAGUGCACCUGACAUUGGAUAGAGUUUAUUAAUGUCAUAUUUAGUUGUUACAUAUAAUGAAAUAGAGAUAUUGCUAU